CUUCAUCCUUUACAACCACUUUAUUGUGGCCCUAUCACAUACACAGUACAACACAUUAACAGAGUUGCUUGGUGGUUAGCAGGUACAAUGUUUGCACUCCAAAACAUGCUGGCAGAUUAACUGGAACCUGUCCAGAUUGACUACUUUGUGUAGCACAUCCGCAGCCUCUGGUCAUCUCCUGUACUGCGUCCGCAGCCUCUGGUCAUCUCCUGUACUAUGUCUGCAGUCACUAGUCAUCUCCUGAAGUACAUCCGCAGUCUCUGGUCAUUUCCUGCACUACGUCCCCAGUCUCUUGUCAUCUCCUGUACUAUAUCUGCAGUCACUAGUCAUCUCCUGUACUGUGCCCGCAGUCUCUGGUCAUCUCCUGUACUGUGUCCGCAGCCUCUGGUCAUCUCCUGCACUAUGUCCGCAGUCUCUGGUCAUCUCCUGUACUGUGUCCGCAGCCUCUGGUCAUCUCCUGUACUGUGUCCGCAGCCUCUGGUCAUCUCCUGCACUGUGUCCGCAGCCUCUGGUCAUCUCCUGCACUAUGUCCGCAGCCUCUGGUCAUCUCCU